AUGAUGGAUGGGUGGGCAGGGAUGGGAUCGAGGCAGCCAGCAGCAUCUCGUUUCGUCGCUUCUUCGCUUUCAUGCGCGGGCCGGUGGAGAGAGACGGGAUGGGAUGGGAUGAGAUGCCAUGGGCUGGGACGGGAAACAUGGGCGAUCCGACCAGGGGGUCGCGGUACUAGUCAGUGGUACCUGAUGGCAUCACUGCGCGCCACCACUCUCGUCGUUGCUCGCGCCGGGGGCAGGCAACCAGCGCCCACCACGACCACCGCCACCACGCCCCCCCCUCACUCUAAUCCCGCCCUUGGACCCCUUCGUUUGCGCGCUCGUGUGACCCGUGCGGGCAGCUGUCGCAGCUCUUCGAACACCACUGCUUUCCUCGAAACCGAACCUGAACCGCUUCCGCGCGCGAGACAGAGAGCCUGCAACGCCUCCCCAACACCGACCAACACCAACGGGAAUAUCACCUAUUACCCAAGUUCCUUUCUCGCGGGCCUGCCACUUACACAGCCUGUGGCCUGGCCUGCCGCACAGAGGAGGAGGACCCGCGCGCCAAAGCCUGACGGGAAGUCGAAGAAAACAGCCCGUCCGCCCGCCCAGCCGACGACGACCUACAGCAUUAGCGCAGGACCUUGGGGCCUGCCACCUGCCACCCCCGGCCCGGGCGACGAUUUUAUCACACCACCCUCCGUCCUUUAUCGAACCAUACCAUACGCACGCAGCAAACCCGCCCAACAAAACGCUGCCUGCUUUACUUGGCCCAUUCGUCUAUUCAUAUAUACCUUGCGCUACCGGUACUCCUUUCUACGUGUGUACUCGGUCGAUCUGGAUCUUGUUUUUUUCCUCUUGUACAAGAUUUCCGUUCUGUACGGGCUUCCUGAACUUGCUACACGACAAAAGUCACCAUAG